GCACGAGAUCGAAUCGAGUAUUUAUCACAUUAAUUAUUAUCAUACAAUAACAGCGUUUCACCAUUCUCUUUUCAAUAUUUUCAGUUACUUUCUAUAAGAACCAUUCACUUAUUCUUUUUUCUCUCUAUCUGUGAUUAUGGCUUCCUCUAUUUCCGCUGCUGAAGUGAAAGUUGUCCCAGAAGAGUAUAAUUUCUUGCAAAAACAUGUCGCCUUCUUCGACAGAAACAAAGAUGGUAUCGUUUAUCCCUCGGAGACAUUUCAAGGAUUUAGAGCAAUCGGAUGUGGAUAUUUGUUGUCAACAUUCGCUGCUGUUUUCAUCAACAUCAGUCUCAGCAGCAAAACUCGUCCGGGGAAAGGAUUCUCAUUCUCGUUUCCGAUAGAGGUUAAGAAUGUCCGCCUAGGGAUACAUAGCAGCGAUUCAGGCGUUUACGACAAGGAUGGACGGUUUGUGGCUUCAAAGUUCGAGGAGAUAUUUGCGAAGCAUGCUCACACACAUCGCGAUGCUUUGACCAGCAAGGAACUUAAAGAACUUCUCAAGGCAAACAGAGAACCUAAUGAUUGUAAAGGAGGGAUUUUAGCGUUUGGGGAGUGGAAGGUAUUGUAUAAUUUGUGCAAAGACAAGAGUGGUUUGCUACACAAGGAGAUAGUGAGAGCCGUCUAUGAUGGUUCUCUUUUCGAACAACUCGAGAAACAAAGAUCUUCUAAAACUCCUUAGAAUCAUCAAAAAAAAAAUCCUAAUGUAAAUUCAUUGUUAUGCUCGUGAAUCUGUUUUAGUUAAAUCUUUAGUAGUUACAGUAAUCUAUGGUGUGAAGAUUGGGAUGUGUUUGAUUUUCAAGAAUUAUAGUUUAUUUGUGUAAGUACUUGUGUGAUUGUAUCUUAUUCAAAUAAAAGAUUAUAUGAUUUUUUUUAAA